UACCGCGGAUCUUAAAAAAUGCAACACUUUUUGCUGCCUCUUAUAAGUUUAUUAAAAAAGUUUCAAUUUUAAUUUAUUAAUAAAAUAUCUUAUAAUGUCAAAAGAAGUAGAUAUAUAUGGCGAUUUGGAUAAUUUUAACAAGGAACAGAAAUUCAAAGAAAAAUGGAAUGAAAUUUUGGAAUUACAAGCAAAAUAUAAAAGAUCAAUUGAAACUAUAAAUGAUCUACAAAACGAAAAUAAGGCUUACCAAAAAAAAAUUAAAAACAUUGAAAGAAGCUUUUGGAGUCUUUUGGAAACAGCUAAAAUGGAAGUAAAGAGGAAAGAAAAGCAAAUUAAUGAGUUAAGACAAGAGCUAGAUAAUAUAACAUUUAGAAGGCAUAAUCCGAAACCAAAAAAUAAAACUUUCGAGAAAAUAUGGUCUCAAAAAGAUGAUGUUGUGAAUAUAAGUUUUAAAAAUGAUUUUUUGUCAAAUGAUGGUAAAAGUUGCAACGAGAGCUUAGGAAAUUAUGCAGAUAAUUUUAGUGACUCUAAUAUACGUACAAAACCCCUUGGAACAUCUGGGGAAUUUACAACUGAAGGGAAAAAAAUUGCAAAACUCUCCAAUAUAUCUAAAUCUAUUAAUACUAGUGUAAAAAACUCCAAAAAUUUCCUUAUGAAAAAUGAAACAAAGAGCAGGAGCGACAAAAAAAAACUGAGUGAAAUAAUAAAAGAAGAAAAAUUAAAUAAUUUUGUAAGUGAAAAAGAAACCGAAAUGUCAGAAGAAAGUAUCCAAUUAAAAAUUCUUCAGGAUGUUAUCAAAAUUAAGGAGAAAAAUAAAAAUAAAGAAAACAAGGAUGAGGUUGUAAAAAGUGCGUUACAACCAACUGAUAUCAAUUCAGAAUAUGCCAGAAAUAUUGAAGAUUUGAUAUUUGAUGAAAUGCUGGAUGAGUCAAAUUCAUUAAAUGUAAAAAAUAAAAGCAUUGAACCAGAGAAUACUGAAAGUACAUUAGUAUUAACUGACAAUGAGAACGAGAAAAUUUGUAAAUAUGUUCAAGCAAAUACAGCAAACUUAGAAUCUACUUCCUUCAAUGUAGAAAAUCGCGGUAAUAAGGUGAAUAAUAAAAAUAUUGAGAAGUCCUCCAUAGCUAAUAUCAAAGAUGAAAUUAAAAAAACGUUUGAUAAAAUGGAAGAAGAACUGUUACAUGAAAAAAACAAAACAAAUUUAACAAUAAAUGUUCCAGAAAGCGCUGAAAGUUUAAACAGAGAAGAAAAACAGGAAGAACUAAACUUACAUAAAACGAAAAUAUAUUGUAGUGUAAAAUACAAUAAUUUAAGAAAUGGUUUUGAAAAUAAUGAAGCCUUUAUGAAAACUAAUGCUGAUUUUGAACUUGAGCAUAAAACAAAUUUAAUUGAAGCAGAACAAUUGGAUAUUGAAAGUUGUUCUUUGAAAAAAAAUGGAAUUAUGUUAUCAGAUAUACAACUGAAAUCUAAAGCUUAUGAAAACCCAGCUUACCUCGAAAUUUCUAACACUGACAAAAUGAAAGUAAUACAUGAAGACAAUUCCACAAAUAUUAAAGAAAAUAUAUUCGAGCAUUGUGAUGAAAAACGUAACAUAAAACGACCGCAGGAAGUCUUGGUAAAAGAAAAUUUUAAAAACAACGAGAGUGGAGCAAUAACCAAAAACAAGAAUGAUAAGUUCGUUGGACAUAAAAUUGAUGGAUUCAAACCAAAAAAUACUGAAAAACAAGGCAAGGACGCCUUUAAAUUAAAACAAACACUUUUCCAAGAAAUUAUUUCAGGAAAUACAGAAAAGUGUGAAAGAAAAGGUGAUUCAGUUGAAAAAUAUAAAUCUGGUAAAGAGCUUGAAGUAAAGAUAGAGAAAGUAAACAAAAUCACAACAGGAAAUGUCGAUGAAAACUAUUGCUCCAAAAAAGAUAAAUCAAUAGAUUUAAUAUUGGAACCCUUAAAUAAUUUAACAAUGUUUCAUAAUACUCUAAGUGAGCAAAAUACAUUGAAUCAAUGUGGUAAAAUUUUUUUGGCCGAAACGAAAAAUCAAAAUAAAAAAAUUAAUAAAAAUGUACCUGAUGACAAUCACGAAAAUUCGCAAACGUUUGAAACCUUAAAUCAGUAUAACGAUGGUAAAACAUGUUCGAAAAUAAAUAUCUUGCAGAACAUCCAAAUAGCACCACCACAAGGAGACGAAACUAUUAAUAGUACUGCGGCUGAAACAAAAAAUGAACCAAGGACAAAAAAAUUCACUCAAAAUACUUUAACUGAUAAAAAAUUUGGGGUUAUUGAUAUAAAACCGAAAAUUUUAAAACCAGAUGUGAACAAAGUGCUUCCGUUUCUGAACAAUUCUGUCCAAAUCAAUAAGAUAGCGACAGAUGAGCUUAUUAAAAUAUUAGACGAUGCACCAAAAGUAUCACAAAUUGCAACAGCAAGUAAAUGCAGUUCUAACUUAGAUGAGAAAUUCGCAAAAUUGAAAGAUGAUACAAAAUUAUUAGAAGGACGUCAAGAUGAACUUAAACUUUCAUCAAGCAAACCUGAUAUUUUUCAAGCUGAUAAAAAUUCAGAUUCUCCUAAUCAGUCUGAAACCCUAGAAGCUAUAAAAUUUUUAACUGAUAAUUUAUUGGAAAUCAGUAAUGAAUGUAGCCCUUUAAAAGAGCAAAAACAUUUAUCGUUGGAACUACCUAAGGGAGACAAUUUUGAAAAUGUAAUUAAUACUCCCAAAUUUGAAAAAUAUAUUAAAGAAAAUUUAAACAAGCCUACGGAAAAAGAAAAUGUGAAAAAAAUGCCAAAAGAAAUAUGUGUACAAAAUAUGUUUGAACUAGAAAAGAAAAAUAAAUCCGAAAAACUAGAAUUUAAAACACAAAAGAAAAUUAAAGCAAAAUUUGUCAAAGAAAGAGACACUUCAAAGAAAACACUGCGGAAAACAAAUAAUAAAAUAAGUAUAUUAAACAAAAAAAAUGAAAAAGCAACUAAAAGGUCAAUAUGUGAAAUAAGGUUGAGAGGUAAAAACAAAGAAAAUGUUUUAAACAAUACGGAAAAUGAUUACGGAAAAGGUUCUGUGAAUCUUAGAAAUACUACCACAGGUGAACCAAUUAGUGAGCAGUGCGAAAAAAGUGAAUCUGUGACAAGUACUUCUAAAUGCAAUCCCACAUCUGUUGACAUAAUUUCGCUGAAGUGCGAAACAAAAGCAGAUAUUUUACAAGAAGAAAUUGAUAAUAUUUUCGGAAAAUCCCCUUUUAAUAGCAAUAGAUAUAUCGAAAAUUUGGGAGAAAUAAAAUGCAACGUCAUGACGGAAAUUUGUGAUAUAAAUGAGGAAUACGGCUUAACAAAUGAUUCACCAAACAAAUUGUGCAUGUUAAAUAAAAAGUACGAAAUGGAAAUGGAUAGUGAUGGUGUCCCAGUCUGGAAUAUAACGAAAAAACGAAAAAGAAAACGUAAAAGUGCUCAAAUAGGUGUAAAUGAUUUUGUAGAAAACAAUAAAAGAGGAUUGGAAGCAUAUGAAAAUUCCUCACUGGAUAUUAGCGAUAACGUUGAGCUAUUUAAUGGAAACUUGUUUGCAUCGGAUAAAGUUAUUUCAUGUUCUGAACCAAAUUCGAAGUAUUGUAAUGAAAUACAAAUAAAUAAUUAUCAUAAAAGCAUAUCCUCAUGCAAAAUACCUAAGAUAAAUAAAAUUUCCAAUUAUGAAGUUGUAAAUCAUAGUAAUCAAUCAGGAAAAAUUACUAAUGAAGAAAAGGAUGAAUCUUGUAUUGAAAAACAUAUUUAUAACUCAUUUAAGAGUCCACAUAAAGUUGAUCAAAGUUUUAAUUAUGAAAAUAAUAUUGAACAAGAAUUUUUACGUAUAUUUGGCAAAUCACCACCCAAUGAAAAAUAUAUAGAAAUAAGUAAAGCUGAAAAUAAUUGUGAAAAAAUUUGCAACUACAAAUCGGAAAACAUGAAUAAUUCAAAAAUAAACCUAAAAAAUAAUCAAAUUUAUGAUAAAGAAAUUUUCAAUGAAGAUGCUUCAAAUUUUUCAACAAAUCAUGGCUCAGGUGAAAGUCAAAAGUAUUUUGUAACUUCUACGAAAACAUAUGAAAUGCAACACGAUAUUAGUGAUGGAAUUGUUAACUGGGUUAUCAAACGAAAAAACCGAAAAUUUAAAGUUAAUUAACCAAGUUUCAUUUAUGAUUCAAAUAUUAAAGUCUCAAAAUAUAGUUCAAAUUUAAAUUAUAUUUCUCUCUUACAAUUUAAGCUCUAUUUAAUGCGCCCUAUAUAUCUAUCAGGCCACCGAGCUCAGAGGGCUUUAAUUAAAAAUUUAAAUUUAAAAAAAGUCGGUUGGUAAAUUCUAUUUAAAAAAUGCAUUUAAACAAAAAUGAAAUUUUUAACGCAGACCACCUUUCUUGUCUUCCAAAUGCUCAAAUAAGGUACUGAAUUACAGACAGAGUAAAGUUUUCAACUCGAUCUUGUAUCUCGCUUUUUAUUCACUUUCAAAUCCGAAUUCUCACUAUUUUCUAAUGGAUGUUUCACUUUCCCAAUAAGAUUACUCAUUUUCUCAAUUGGAUUUUUGCAUUUUUUCUCAAAUUAUCGACUGAACGUCUCACUUUCAAAAAGAAAGUGAAUAAAAGUUGUAUGCAUUUUAGAAAAAAAACGAGAUAUGCAAAACCAAAUAAUUCUUUUCAUUCGAAAAUUACAUUGUACAAGUAUGUAUAUGAUAGUUACUCACUUUCUUCUCACUUUCCAAGUAAAAUAGCGAGAUAGACGAUCAGGCCUUUUGAAUAAGAAAUUGGAAAAAAAAUCAAAAAAAUAAUUACAUAAUAUAAUCUAGAUGGCUUUUAAAACCAUACUAAAUAAAGUGAUAGUCACAAAGAAUACUCAAAAUUUUCAAAAAAAAAAAAAUAAAAUAUAUUUCAAUUGGCAGUUGUUUUUCGCUUCAAGGAACUAAUAUGUUCCGGAAACGUUGUCCGUAAAUCAAAAAUAAGCAAAAAAUAUAACAAAAAAGCGAAAAAAAUAUAGUAGGAUUUUAUUAUUGUUAAAGUUUUGAAACAUAGCUACACAUAUGAAUUAGGCAAUACCAAGAUUAGCAAAAUUCAUACUAUUUGGUUCAUCAGUAAAACUGUAUUCAUUGGUUCGUCGUUUUUGACGAGGUCUAUUUAUAGUCGGAUUUUUUUUUUCUUCUGUGUUCAUUGGUUCGUCUGAAAAAAGCUGAUCGUUU